AUGAGUCCCCGACAACCCCGAACACCGCGCUCGCCCUCCUUGAGACUUGCUCGCAGAUCUAUGCCGAAACGAAGCACCUCCCCCUCCCCCUUGGCACAGCAAUUCAUGACAAAGAGACUCGAUGCGGUCUCAUGCGUGGCUUCGCUCUCGCAGCACAUGCUGGCUGGCAUUAUGCGGCUGAAAGUGCAUCUUGCGAACGAUUGCUCAAUCACCUCGCGCCGCCGGGGAUGUACGACUAUAGACGUCCUCAACGCCGCCGGUUGGGCGAAGACAUACGUGCAUCGUGGCUUCUACGCCGUGCAUCAUAAGCUCCUCGAGCUGAAGCACCUCCGCGUGGUCGACCACGGCGUUACAAGCGACAAUGCGGCGUGUCAGGCGGACCGAUUCGUCGAGAACGGGAUUGUCGGCACCGGGUCAUUGCCUCCGCGAUGGAGUGAGAGCAAGCGGGUGGAGAUUCGGGACUGGGGAACGGAGGUGGAAUGUGUCUAUGCGGACGUCGCAGAUGGAGAUGGGGUGCGACAGCUUGAAGUCAAGGCGACUGAGGGAGGUGUGCGAUGA